AUGGAAAGGGUGGCACUGGCAUACUUGGAGUGGAUUUCAGGCCAACUCCAGUACUUCCCUCAGCAGCAGACGGGCUUCAGGCGCCAACGCUGCACGGCAGACACCAUUUCCGAUGUGGUGGCCACCCUGGAGGAUGCCAAGGCCAUGGGGGACGUGGUAAUGCUGGUGCUUCUGGACGUCCAGAGUGCCUUUGAUGGACUUCCUCACGCGGUCAUCGAAGCCUGCCUAGACCAUCUCGGCCUGAGCGGCUGCCUCAGCGGCUUCAUUUCCGCCUUCCUUAUCGGCAGAACCUUCCGAGUGCACGUUGGAGAGGAACUUAGCGAGCCCAGGGAUAUCACGACUGGCGUCCGACAGGGAUCGGUGCUCAGCCCUUUCCUGUUCAACAUGGCUCUCGCGGCCUUCCGGCAUCUCUCCUGGCGGACCCACGGUUCCCUGUUCGCUGCUUCAUUAUCGCCGACGAUGUGGCACUCUGGACCCGGGGGCCGAGGAAGUCCAUGCUAUCCAUUCGGUGCUCGCUACAACGGGCACUAG